AUGUUUAUACUGUUGUUUGUAGCUCGCUUCAGUGUUUCUUUUUCAGUCGAAGUUCAUUUUGAAUCGCCGGAUACUGGCUUUUUUCUAAAGCACUCUCCGCGCCAAAACACGCUUUUAUCGACAGCAACGACAGUUUCGUCGAACAGUAAGGCGCGUUUAAUGAACGAUUCAAUUCUUUCGAUUGAUCGUUUUACGGUAGUACAAACAAGUCAACCUGUCUCAAUCCGGGCAAGCUACGGACCGUUUUCUACAAAACAAACAGUGCCAGCUCGGUACAUCGUACCCGACGUACUUGAAACCAUCAAUGCUGAUUCUGGUUUACAAAACGCUACAAUUUCCUUAAUAGACCUGCAGCAAUCCAAUCCUCAUUUAGACAUUUCGGCACACGUUGUGAAGAAUAUAAUCGUCCGUGACUCGCCUGUGUUACGAGUGCUAUUUCACGCUGGGGCUGAUCCGAGGGGACAUCUUCAACGACAAAAAAUAUGCGUUCUUCUACACGCGUCCAUGGGCAACAAAGCACCGUUGAAAGGACGCUGUAUGCCAGAAGGGGAAGAUGGAGUUUGUGUGGCAGAAGUGGUGAUCCCUGCAAAUUGGUGGCCGCCUAUGCCUUCGCCUGAUAUAGAUGGUCGCUACCCUGUCGUUACGCCGCCGAAGAGUCCUCAGCGCGUGGUGCAAGUUUCUUAUAGCGUAUUUGAGCCGCCUGUACGCAAUCCCGAGCUUUGCGAACCAAAAGUACAAAUCCAACCUCUAACACCGUUCGCAAAGAUUCCACUUUUACAAUCUCAUCUACCGUAUAAAGAACUGCGCGCUGAUGAUACCCUUACAAUGAUGGUUCCACAACAACCAUUGUAUCCUUUAUCAAAAAUACACGUACCAGUAUUCCUGCAUCCCGAACCAGAGCAAAGCAUUGCAGUAUUUAUAGUUAGAGCUCGCGUUAAGGCUGGAAUGCGUAUACUUGGCGCAACUGCAUCGUCUGAUGAAUGGAACGUGUCAGUCGAAAAAGAAAACACUAAGCACACAGUAGCUCGAGUAACUGCUUUCCGUAAGGAUCAAGAUCCGGACAGUCCAGUAGGCAUGGUGCGAACAGGUGACAAUCGGGCGUUGGAAGUAUUUUCCUGGAUGCUAGAAGUUGCCAAUGAUACCAAAGAACAUUUAGAUGGUGGAAGAAUUAUAUGGUCCGUUAGCUACGUACACGAUGGUCCAAAGAUAAAGGAUCUCUCGGCAGAAUCGAUAGCCACCACGAGUACAGCAGCACACGAAGAAGGCAAAAAGAAAAUCGUUGCAAAACUUGAUAUACAAAAAGAUGAUAUACAAGCAGUAUUGCCUAUUGCAAAGAAUUGGGAGCUUAUGAAUACUGCGGUUCUUACCGGAAGGCAGGUGUCCCAAGCAAUGAAAGUAUUUAUUGUGUCACAAGCCGGCAAAGUGGCAGAUGUAACAUUACAAAGUUCUUGUCUGGUGGAAGACGAAAGUGUCAUCAAGGUAUCUUCAUCAUGUAGUUCUGUAUAUGUGGAUGGUUCAGAAAUUGGAGGUUCGUCAAACGCAUCGGUAGUGGUCAAAUACGGUACGUACACCGGUCUUGCACGAUUUACUGUUUGGAUGCCGGAAUUUCCGCUGGAAGUAUCUGUCGCUGACUUUCGACUAUCUCAAAUUAAAAAUUGGAAGAUUCCAGAUGAUCAUAUCACAAUGAACAGUAAAACUAAGCGUCGUAAAAAACGUGCAUAUAAUGGCGGUUGGGAACAUCAUGUUGAUGACUUUGCGAACGGCCCAGACCGUAGCACAUGUCGGGCAAGAUAUCAACAAAGUCAAGUAGAAGUUUACGCAAGAUUUCUUGCAGUUGAUCAAGAUUCUGGACGUGUGAGCUAUUUGAUUUCUCGUCGCACUGGUCUGCGGGUAACAGAUCUUGUUCAGCCGCUACUUCGAGUUGCAGAUCCGAAAAUUGCCACACUUCGUGGGCGAACGCUUCAAGGACGAGCAAUGGGUCGCACUGAUGUUCAGGUCCUUUCUCCUAUUAAUGGCAGAGUAAUAGGAGCACGAGAGGUUCGAGUCGGUAGUGAUAAAGUUACAAUAACAAAACUUCUAGUGAAGGUAGUCUCCGGAUUACAACUCUCAAUCUCAAGUGACCCCUCUAUCGAAAAUGGCUACAUAGCGGAAACUUCCGUCACACGAAAACUGACUGCCCAGUAUCAAGAAGGCUUGCUGGACAUUGAUUUAGAAUUUUCAGAUGGUUCGAAAACACCAUUAAGGGAUAUUUCAGUGGAUGACUACUUUCUGUUAGUUGAAAGCCUCGACACUGAAGUGGUUGCCUUUGCCCCAAUGCUCGCGUCUCACCAUCCACGAGUAAUUGCGGUCGGCGAAGGCAAUGGUAAUUUACUUAGAGUAACUUUGCUGCUAUCAGAAGAGUGUCGUUUGCGACGUAAUUUGCCGGUGUCUAAACAGGGAAUAAAGGCUUCCUUUGGUCCUCUCGUUAGUGCGCUGGCAUCGGUGCAAGUUGACUUUAGCGGUUUAGAUAUAAGCUCCCGGCCAGAUACGGUUCAGAACGAUGGUAUCAUCGGUAGAGAUCGUGUCAAAUCUGGCAAUGAACUAAAUGAUUUAGAGGAAAUCUUAAUCGGUAUACCAAUAAAACACAACAGUAGACAUGGUAUAGAAGCUGCAUUGCAACCCUCGAAGCAGUAUAACCGUGGAAACAUUAUCGUACCUGGAGGAAGCCUUGGAAAAGGUGGAAGCUUGACUUCUAAUAAAAGCAUAGUGCAUGAUGAUGCGACUACCCUUGAAAUUGGAAUGUAUGUCGUAUUAACGGUGUUUUGUCUGGCGAUUGCCGUGUUUGUGGUGUCCUGUGUUGUGUACGCAUCAAAAUAUCGUCCAGUUACAAUUGAUGUAAAUGGGGAAGCUAGCAUUCAUGAUGCUAUGGGUAAUGCUAGUGUAUCCGAUGUUGGAAAAGGGAGUGAAUCCUGCGCUACAAAUGUCCAUGAUUGGGUAUGGCUGGGACGAGCAACAAUGGAUCGAUCGAACGCGGAAAGCGCUUUGGAAUCGGGUAACUACAGAGACUCGAGAAUGCAUAUUAUAAGUAAUCCGAUGAAUUCAAAAUAUGGAGAUGCAGAUGCAAGUAUCAUACACGCAAAUAGCUUUGAUAAUCCCAAUCACGUACAAUUGCCACCCUCGGCCAAUAUACUUACACAUAAUGUGCGUGUGAUAAAUGGUUUGUUUGGUAAAGGGGAAACUUUUAUGCCAAUCAAUUCGUCUACUUAUAACAAAAGAGACCGUCAUAAUGAUUCUAUAGUAGAAGAAGCGCCCCCACUUCCUCCACAUGCAACAACAGCUCUGGUAGACCGUUCUGAAUAUCGUCCACCAGUUCCACCACACCGCAAUGCAAAUAAUUCUAUCAAUAUCACUAACAGGCAAUUUCCAUUUGACACAGUUAUGCAGUCUGAAAUUAAAAAGCGAAAUCAAAUACGCCACGAAGGACGAAACAACGGUACACGGAUGAGCGAUAAAAAUGGCUCAGUAACGAAUCCGGCAUAUGAAAUACGAAUGCCAAAUGCAUUAUUGGUGGAACGGCACAAUCUCAGGCAUACGCAGCACAAAAUUAAUGCAGCGCUUUUCAGUAACGGAGGACAAGAGCAGCUUAAACAUCAGUCCCAUCGAGUGGCAAUGCUGGCUUCAAACAGUUCACCAAACUCGUUUGAAAACAUGGGUUUUUCUGUCGUUUCCGCCCCUCACUCGUCGAUUGCUGAUAGAAGAGAGCAGCGAAGGCUUGGAAAAGAUUUACACAUGGCAGAGCGCUUAGUUAAUCAACAAAAUGAUCAACAAACAGCAUUUAAAUUUGACACAAUUAAACACCAAGUUCCGGCCGAUAAUCAACAAGCUCUACCAUAUAGUAAAAGUUCAUCAUCUCCAUGUCGAAAUGCGACAAAAAAACACGAAGUAAUUGUUGCUGCUAAGGAACAAAGUAUCCAGGAAGGCAAGAACAACUACAGCGACACAUCCCAGUGCAAUGAUGAGUCCUCAAGCAAUCAAAACAAAUGCCACACUUCAUUUGAUGAUAAUGGUGGCUUUGUUACACCAUCCAGCGACCGUCGUUACGCAAGCAAUCGGGUACGGGGCAUAAUUCAAAGAGGAAACUCCGCAUCAGCCGCGCCAACAAACGGUUCAGAAAUGGCGAAUGAGGUAAUUAGAAAACCUUCCGUGGUAGGAAAUCCUAUGUUUUCCAGCACGCCUGAUAGUGAAUUGGGCCCUGGAGAGAGCCUAGGCUUGGAUGAUCUCGAUAUGGACUAUGAACAAAUUAUGCACUACUUCGAUAACCUGAAAGAAUCGAACGCCUGA